AUGCAAGCCGCUUCCCGGACACUUCCGAACGCCCGAACCGGUGCAUCGCGGACGCCCAACGUCCGACGGUGGACACUGGUCGGUCUCGGCGUGUCCUGCGUCGCGCUCGGCGCGAUCGGGGCGGUCGUUCCCGGUCUGCCGACGACCGUGUUCCUGAUCGCGGCCUCGUGGUGCUUCACGCGGAGUUGCCCGUGGCUCGAGGACCGGCUCGUCCGGAAUCGGUUCUUCCGCCCGUACCUGCGCUUCCUGGACUCCGGCGAGCCGAUGCCGCGUCGGGUGAUGUGGACGUCCCUGUCGCUGAUGUGGAUCGCGAUCGCGGUCAGCACGGUCCUGCUCGUCGUGAGCGAUGCCUCCAUCGCGGUCGUGGUGUGCGUGCCGCUCUCGGGUGUUGUCGGGACGGGGUUCAUUAUUCGGCUCGCGAGGCCUGCGGCGCGUCCGCGGCAUGAGAUCGGGGCCUGCUGCCCGUUCAAUCCGAGCCGCGCCGGCUCCACGCCGGGCUGA